CUGAAGCUUUAAAUAAUGAUAAUAAUAAUUCGACAUCACUUGAAAUAGCAAAAUAUCCAAUUGAAUCUGAUAAUAAAUCUGAUGAUAUUGAAAACAAUAAUUAUGAAGAAAGUUUCAAUUUUGAAUAUGAUAUUGCUAUAUCUGAUGAGGAUAUUUAG